AUGGAUUGCUGGUCUGCUGAAAAUGCUACCAAUGCUUUUCUCACAACUCUCAAAAUGGGUGAAAGAGGAAAAGCACCUGAUGUAACGGAGUUUAUAUCAGCCAUGGCGGGUGGAAAUAAUUCACAACUCAUGGUGAUGGCAUGCUCCGGCCACCCUGGAUCCGCGCUACUAGGGUUAGUAGCAGCGGCUCAUCAAACGGGUGGCCGGGUAGUGUGUAUAUUACGUAGCGAGGAAGAAAUGCAUGCAAUUAAAGAAACAAUAAUAUUGGGAGACUAUGCAAAAAUUGUUGAAUUUGUGAUUGGUGAUGAUGUUAAAACAUUAUUGGCAUGUAACUAUGAAGGAGCUGAUUUUGUACUUAUUGAUUGCAAAUUGGAGGAUUUUCAACUAGUGUUUGAAGCAGCACAACAAGGUGUUAAUGUUAAAAGUGCAUUUAUUGUAGGGUACAAUGCCCUACAUGAAGGACCUAAGUUAAGUUUUGAUCACAAAGGUUAUUUUCUACCAAUUGGAGAAGGGUUAUUAGUUAGCAAAAUUAGGGUUUCACAAGGUAAAAAUAUUGGUGGUGGAAGGAGGAGUCAUUGGGUUGUUGAAGUUGAUGAAUGCACUGGGGAAGAACAUCUUUACAGGGUCAGCACUUCUCCAAAUACAAAUUAAAGUACUAUAGUGGUGUCCGAGUCAGUUAAUGUCGUUCACUCUUC